AUUUCAAAAAUCCAAACAUCACUUUUGUAACAAACCUUGUUAUCCUGACAACAAUUGCUGAUUACUCGGCAUCAGAAAAUAAUACGAGAUUCAGCAUUUUAAAUUCUCACAUCAUUUAUGAUUUCGCAUUAGUAGGCAGUGGAAACCAAGUCCGUAGGUCAUUGUUUAUCAGCAUAUGGCGUAUUCUUUCAUAUACGCGAAACACAUCAAAGCAAGCUACGCAUUUGCCUAACAACGGAUUUUAGGGCGGCAUCAUAAAUUAUACCAGAAUUAACGUAAACGAAAACACCCAAUUAAACUCCAGUUUAAUCUGGAUCGAGAUAUUGAAAAGUUUACCCAAUCCAUUCGCAUGAUGACGUUCUCAACACAACCAUGACCCAAACAACCUCCAGACAACGCGGUGUCAUAAACCAUCAUAAUCUAUGGACGAGUUGCCCCAGUAUCAGCCCCCAAAUAUUGAUACAAUUCACUCCGGGGGGAUAAUUGAGUUAUCACGAUGGCCCAUCGUCGUCGUCGACGUCGGUCAGCUGUUAAUCAUCAGCCUGCAGAAAAAUAUUAUCAACCAAACAAAACUUCUCACUCACGACUCUGUUGACUUAACGCAAAGUGUGUGUGUUUGUGCGCGCGUUCUUUAGGUAAUAGCCAAGCAAGUGACGAGACUAACGUAAGGUGGUUGAUUGCUGGUUCAGCGACAAACAGUUUGUUGAUUCUUUUGGUCCAAGACUGGCGAUAAGCACAUCUCUGCGCAGUAGGCGAGGGUGGUUGAAGCAGUGAGUGGUGCCUCUGGACAAUGUCGGUGCCGGCAUCACGCCGCGAAGAGAAUUUGUACAAACUCGAUCGCAGUAACCCGUGGCCGGUGAGUGUGGCGAGUCGCCACCGCGUGCUUAGUGAUAAUCGUCGCGCCCUGAGGUGCGAUUUGUGAAACUACCUUAAAGUGAUGGUUUAGUGGAAAUCUAAAGAUUUAAGAAAUUAGGUUGACGUAGAGUGAACAACAAGUGACUUUGUAGAGUGUUUCCCAAGAUCUGAAGUGUGAUACAAUUCCUGCCAGCACCAUGUGGUCACCGGAAGCGGAAAUCAACUCAAUUGCCUUUACCACAAUGCGGCACUCGGUGUCUGCCUCGUCCGGAAUUUCGUCCCUGUCCAGUUGCGGUGACCCAGAUCGUCUUCCAGAGCUGCCACCCGGAGAUGAACAGCGCCUGCAGCGGGCCGCCCUCAACCUGCAGCAGAAGCUAAUCCUGCGAGAAUGGCUCAAGGAGCACCGGCUGCAGCAUUACUAUUCCAGAUUGGUGGCCAUCGAGGUGACAUCACUAGAGGAUGUCUAUUGGCUCGAGGAUUCCCGAGCCAGCCAGAUACUGGGCAAAGAUUGGCCGAUCUGGUCCCAGGCCCGCCAAAAACUGCCUACAUCCAAAUCAAACCUGGAGGCGUUGAAGGCCGACCUUUGGUCAACGGUAGUCAAAUCCAGCCAACAUCAGGACGCCUGGACAUGGGGUGGAAUGUUGGUGGUCUCCGUGUCGGUGGCAGGUCUAGUGACCCUGGCGGCCAUGACACAGCCCUCGUUAGCACCGGAAGCACGACAUUCCCUGCUACAGUACGUAACCGGCAAGUAUCUGCUACCGGCCAACUGCAAAGUCCACUGGGACUGGCAAGAUCCGGCCAUCGUCGGUGGAACCAUGUGCUUCACGGUGCGAUUCCAUCAGAGGAACGGUCAAGCCUACCCUAUCUGUGAUACAGACCAGUUCUUCGUGGAAGUGACCGAAGGCACCCGCAAGAUCAUCACCAUCAGUGAGCUGGGAUCUCCGAUCGAUCCGAACAAUGCCAACAUUGCCAAGGUCAAGUUCACCGUCCGAACUGCUGGACAGUACAAAAUUUCGGUGCUGAUCGGAUCGAGCCACAUCGCCGGCAGUCCCUUCCUAAAGACAUUCAUUCCUGGUCCAAUGGACGCUCGACGAUCGCGACUGAUCCGACCGGCCAGUACCGUAGUCUGCUGCGCCGGAGCACCCACAUUCCUGCAUAUCGAACCACGGGAUGAACACGGAAAUACGUGUCAGUUCACGCCCGAUUGCGAUCCCAUCAAGGGUUACAAGAUCGACAUCUUCGAUCUCUACGGUAAUCAUAGUGAUAAGUACUGUAACGCGAUCACGCUUUCCUACGAUAAGGUCAACUCGAGGAUCAGCCUCACCGCCCUGUUCCCGGAACCCGUGUGCCUACGGGCGAUCAUCAGCUACGAAGCGCAUCCGAUCCCCAAUGGAGAGUUUGAUAUUAUCGUCCUGAGCAGCAGCGACACUACGCUGGUGCAUAAAAAUAUUGCUUCAAGGAAGCACAACAUUUGCUACGAGGCUAAACUAUUUGGCGUUUUCGGCCAACAACGGUGGUCCAAACCACGGAAGGUGCUAUGUUACGUGGGCCCUAAGCAGGUCACGAUCAAAGAGAUGAUCCUCAAAAUCAUUCCAAAGCGAAUCGCCACUUUCCGGUUGUGUCCUUCUACGAAGUUCCACUUCCUGCCGCCGUCCAACAUCCAGGUGAACAACAGUCACGGAGCGAUCUUCAUCAUCGACGACGGUUGCCAGCCGAAGAUCGAACUGGCCUCCAAGGAGCGAAACGUGAUCGCCGCCACCUUCACGCACUUCCUGCUGAAGAACAUCGGCGGUUCGGAGACCUUCAAGGACAAGCAGGACUUUUUCUACCACGAAGUGAGACUCGUUCGCAAGUUCCAUUCCAACUACUACCACGAGAAGAUUUCGGUCAAGGUGCAGCGGGACAAGAUACUGGAGUCCAGCAUGAAGGCCACCAAGCACUUUUCCGUGUCCGAUUGGUGCGGCAACUUCGAGGUUACAUUCCAGGGGGAGCAGGGUAUUGACUGGGGUGGCCUCCGGCGCGAGUGGUUCGAGUUGAUCUGCAGUGCACUGUUUGAUCCCCGUGGUGGCCUUUUCUGUACAUUCCAUGACAAAAGACAAGCACUGGUUCAUCCCAAUCCAAAUCGGCCGGCAAAUCUCAAGCUGAAGCACUUCGAGUUUGCCGGGAAGGUCGUCGGUAAGUGUCUGUACGAAAGUGCCCUCGGAGGCACCUAUCGGCAACUGGUGCGGGCGAGAUUCUCGCGAUCGUUCCUGGCGCAGCUGAUUGGCCUUCGAGUGCACUACAAGUACUUCGAGCAGGACGAUCCGGAUCUCUAUCUGUCUAAGAUCAAGUACAUUUUGGACACGGAUCUGGAUACCAGCGAGAAUCUGGAACUAUACUUUGUAGAGGAGAUCUACGACUCGAGUGGUCAACUGGUGAAAACCAUUGAACUCAUUCCGAAUGGAGCCAAAAUCCGAGUGACAAAUGCGACCAAGAACCAAUAUCUGGAUGCCUUGGCACAGCAACGGCUGUGCAACAACGUGCGGGAGGAGAUUGAUAGCUUCCUGAAGGGUCUGAACGGAGUCAUUCCGGAUAACUUGCUGAGUAUAUUCGAUGAGAACGAGUUGGAGCUUCUACUGUGUGGAACCGGCGAGUACUCGAUCGCUGACUUCCGAGCGAACCACAUAGUGAACGGAGGUUCGCCCGAGUUCCGAAGGGUGCUAGGGUGGUUCUGGGCGGCAGUGGGUAAUUUUUCCCAAACGGAAAUGGCACGAUUGCUGCAGUUCACCACCGGGUGCUCACAGCUACCUCCCGGUGGUUUUCAGGAACUGAAUCCACGGUUCCAGAUUACAGCAGCUCCAACGUUUGGGAAUCUACCAACGGCGCACACAUGUUUCAACCAACUAUGCCUGCCAGACUACGAGAGCUACGAGCAGUUCGAGCGUGCUCUCAUGUUUGCCAUCAGCGAAGGCACCGAAGGCUUCGGAAUGGUUUAGAGAGAGAGCGAGAGGACAGGAAGACGACCACCCUCGAGUGAACCAGAAAUCUCAACAAAACACACAACAAAAAGCACAAAGCAAACAACCUUGCUAAGUUAAUAUAUUGUAGUAGAGUAGUUUCUCUAGCUGACCAAGAAAUAAAAAUACGUCAAUUCUAUGAAUUUUACAACUUUUUCGGGAACGCAUUUAAUAGAAUUUCAACUCAACUUACACAGAGAGUGGGAGUAAGAUGAUAGCCGAUGAAAAGUUCAAUAAGUUUACCAAUAUAACAAAGCAUAAAAUGUUGCGACAGCCGUAGAAAACGCUUAGCAUUUCGUAACGAUUUAGACAACAAGCAAAAUCAAACUAAGGAAAGCGCUUUUUUCAACCAGGCAGCGACUCUCUUCGAUACAAAAUAUUACACGGUAGGAACGAUUACGGCAAACUUAUCUUAUAAAGUGCCAAACAUGUUUAUAGCAGAGGCAAGUGUACCUACUAAAACUUUGUUCUUUGGACAUCAAUUUCAAGCGUUUGUGCCAAAUCAGUUUAGAAAGCGAGAGUCGCCUCAGUUGUUUGCCUAUCGCAUUGUUUAUAGUUUUAAAACUAGUGGUUUAGAUAUUGUUUUCGAAGUAGUGAAGUAUUCGAAACGGAUAUUAGUAAGAGAAAAAAAAUACACAUACCACAUAAAACGAUCUCAUUCAAAUUGGACGACGCGCCUUAAACAUAUAGGAAUUUACAAAUUCGAAAACAUUCGAUUUCACGUGGGACAAAUUCACGUUCAAAAGAUGUACAUACAUAAAAGGUAUAAGCAAGAAAACCAAAAAAUAAAUAACAUGUGAUUUGUAGUUGGUUAAGCGUUAAAUCCCUCUGACAUCAUACAACAAAUCAAGCUCACUCGAAACGUAUCAGAAAACAGCUUUCUAUUUUAUUUAAAUCAAACCAUUCCAUGUGAAAGAAUCAAAGUCUAUUUUGAAAAACGAAAUGAAGAAGAGAGAAUCCCGAAUCUGUAGGUCCAAAUGCAAUCCGUAGUCAUUUUGUUCGGUAGUAAUUGUUCGGAGGCUUCUUGCCAAAUGUACCGUAUAGCAUAUAACCAUUUAGAUAUUACCGCUAAAAAAAACUCCUCUCAAUUGUUACCCAUUAUCGACAGUAACUUCUUAGCACUGAUUUUGAAUGUUGAAUCAAAAACAAAUCGAAUUCCAUCAAAUUCGCGCCUAGAGAAGCUCGAAAUCAUCAUUUGGUUAGUGAGAAGCAAAUCAAAACAAACAUUCAAGCCCACAUUUCGUCGAUAAACAGUCAAUGAGAUUUUUCCCGAUAGUCAUCCCAAUAAUAAUUCCUCAUUAGGUACGUAGACCAAAAAUC